UCCAGUGAUUCAGCAUUGAAUUUUAUACUAUUUUACUCAAUCACCAGACUCAAGUGAAAACUCAGGUUUUACUUAUAUUAUAUUAUCUUAAAAUGUUGAUCAAUGAACUUCCCGAUGAUUGUUUGCUCUCCAUAUUUGAUUAUUUAAAUAACCUGGAUGAUUUAAUAAACUGCUAUAAAGUGUGUAUUAAAUGGAGCCAUUUAAUUGCUGAGCGAACUAGGAAAGUUAAAUAUUUUAUGGAAGAUCCUAAAUAUUCAUUUGAUUAUGUUCAUUAUCUGGGAGUGGAUUCGAUUGAUGUAACCUUUCUGAGCAUAUUAUUUCCAAAUUUAAUAAUUGCUGAAGUAUCGCAUGGAUUCCAAGGUAAAGUGCAAUUUGGAGAUAUUGUUACAUUUGUGAGCAAUCAAAAAUCUUUGAAAGGAUUAAUCGAUCCAUCUGGUGUAUCAAUAGAAAAAUAUUGUGAUAACCUCGAAAUGCUAUCCGGCAAUCAUUCCGAGCCAAUCAUUCUUCGAAAUCGUUCCAGUAUAAAACAAUUGCACUCUGGGAUGAAUUCUAUAGAUACAUUAAAACCUGAUUUAUCUAAUUUCCCGAAUCUUGAAAGACUACAUACUCAUAUUAAGGCACCGGACAAGCACUACGAUGGUCCAGCAUUGGAAAAGCUUAAAAUACUUGAAUUAGCAUUUUUUUGUCCUUUCAGUACAAGCAUUUGUUAUGUUUUCCAGUUCAUUGAUUUAUGUCCAAAUUUACAAAGUGCACAUAUUUUCAUGAAUUCUCAUCGCUUGUUUUUCGAUGAAAAAUUAAAACAAGAAUGUUUACAAGAUUUAGUUCUACAUUUUUUUUGCCAAGAACCAUUUAACUGGGAUAAUUUAAAAAGAUUGUUUAUGAAAUAUCCGAAUCUCAAACAUCUUGCGUUAAGGAAGCAUUGGCAUAUAACAGAUGGACAUAUCGAGCAACUGGUUCACAUUUUACCCAAUUUAUUGCUAUUUGAUGUUCGUGGAUGUCGUGGAGUCACUCAAAGAGCUGCUGAUUCUGUUCAAAAUUAUUGUAAAAGAUAUGGACGAUCAGUUGAGUUUUACUUCGAUGGAAAUCGCCAUGAAAUUGAAUCAGAAUGGCCACAGUUAUCAAUUAAACACGAAGAAAUCAGUAGAGGCUUUGAUUUCAUGAAACAUUGCUUUCUUAAAGAUUUUCAUCAACUUCCACAUUUCUUGAUUCCUAUUGAUUAUUUAAAACCUUAUACUUAUUAAAUAUUUGUUAUUUUUUACCUCGAAGUCCAUUCGAGGAGCUUGAGAUUAAAGAGUCUUAUAUAAUAAAACUUUCACAGAGGUUUCAGAAUAUCAUAAAAUGUAAAAACACUGUACUAUUAUAAAACGCUCUUAUUCCCAGAAACUAUUUCAGUGUACGAUAGAUGCCAGGUGAAUCCCUGAGAUUUGCUAAGCUGUUAUUUGCUUGUUUGUCAACGUUUUCCCCCACUUUUUUAAUCAAUUCAUCAUUUUUUAUUGUAUUUAUUAUAUUUAAUAUUUAUCUCAAAUCUUUUGUAGCUAACGUUAGUUAGAUUAUUGGAUAGUUGAGAUAGUCGAGUAACUGGAACCAUCUUAGGAACUCUAAUUAACUCUCUAGAGUUAUUCUCUUAGUUUUUUUUGUUGAUUACUGGAUUAUUGUUGGAAAUCGUCCCAUAAUUGAAGGCGAAUCCUUUUGCCAUCGAGCAAAAUUUUCGGGUAGAUUUGAAUGCAACACCAGGAGAUGCAGAAAAAUGGUGUUCGUAAUCAGAGGAAGAUACAUCCGAGUCCAAACUGUUUAUAAUUUCAU